UCUCGAUUACUUUUUUUUUUUCAGAAAAAAGUGUUUUUGGGGUUUUAAUUUUUAUUACAAUUACAAAGACAAAAAACAAUGGAGAAAUAGAGAAGGAAAUAUAAGGAGCAAUCAUGAAAGAGCAGACAAAAGAAAAGAGGAGAGCGUUACUAGGCCUUUGCCUGAUCGACUGACACAUUUCCUCUUUGUACCCUAAACUCCUCUGUUCCGUCUUCUUCUUCUUCAAAUUUCUUCCUUGCUUUUCACCUUCCUGAUCUUAUCGAACUUUUCUUCUUUAUCUCUCUUUUUAUCUUAGCUACAAGAUAAAGAGGUAUGGCGGAUUCUUAUUGGAGGUAUAGCGACUCUCGCCAACCUCAGCCCUCCUCCAUCCCUCCUCUUGUCGGCAAACGCCCUCGCUCCGAUUACGAUGUUUCUGGUGGCCAUGAGCUUUCUAGUUAUUAUUCCCGGGAGGAUGAUAGGGGAGCAAUGCGGGCAAUCAGAGAUAGUGACUCCAUUGGAGCAUCUUAUGAUCGUUACCUUCGCAGCACGCAACUGUCAUCAUAUAGUGGGAGUCAAUCUGCUAGACCAAUGAGUGGAGGAAUGCCUGGCCGUUCUGUUGACGAUCCCCGCAUGGUGGCUAUUGGCAGUGUUGAUCAUGGACAAACAAUAAAAGAUAGGACCUUAGGAUUUGGCGGUGGAAGGCCUGAGCCUCCCCUUCCUCCUGAUGCAUCCAGCACAUUGUUUGUGGAGGGUUUGCCUUCUGACUGUACACGCCGAGAAGUUUCUCAUAUUUUUCGCCCAUUUGUUGGGUACAAGGAAGUGAGACUUGUAAGCAAGGAAUCAAGACAUCAUGGAGGAGAUCCACUGAUACUUUGUUUUGUUGAUUUUGUAAGCCCUGCUCAUGCCGCUACUGCCAUGGAUGCAUUGCAAGGUUAUAAAUUCGAUGAAGAUGACCGAGACUCGGUCAAAUUAAGGUUGCAAUUUGCUCGCUACCCUGGUGCAAGGUCAGGUGGCGGGCAUCGUGGCAAGCGUUGAAUUGUGCGAUUCGCAGGAUUUGCGCGAAUUUGGGAGGUUAUGAUAAUGAGGGAUGGUACGACAGCCUUGUGGUUUCGAGAAUUACACCAGUCUCUGAGUAUUCACUUUCCUUAGGAUGAACUUGAAUUGUGUAGUUUUGGAUAAUUCCGGGGCAUUCGCUAGAGAUUUGAGAGUGUACUGUAUUUGGUUUUAAUUAUUUGGAAUAUCUUCGUAUGCAUUUCACCUAAUGCUUCUAAACUUAUCUAUAUUUGCAAUUAGGAGUCAUCUUUUGGAAAUAUUUGAUUAACAAUGGACGUGCAGUGAAAUAGGUGUCAUACAUAAAGGUGCUAUUAUUCAUGUGUGUUCAUUUUUCUCAAAAUUUUUCUGCAGUUUGGUUCCCAUCUCUCCUUGUAUGAAGUUUGAAAAAAAAAUUAAAGAAUAAAAUAAAGAAAAUAAAAUGAGAACCUUUUCUGCCUCUGAUUUAUGAAGAACAAUCUUCUUAACAAGGGAUUGUGUUUUCCCAUUUAUAUUUGGGAAGGGAGACGGCAAGCAUUUGCCUUUGCCACCCAUAAAAAAUUUGAUCGUAGCCCUUUCCUGUAGGCUGUAGUUAGUAACUCAAGAAAAGCCUUAACACAUUGCGAUUCAGAGUUUUGACUGUAAAUUUCAGCAUGGACUUUGUCAUUAAGUUCUUUGUCCAUUUUCAAGCUUGGCAUGGGUCUAGCAGUUAUUAUUGAUGUGAUAAUUAUUAUUUUUAGAUUGCCAGAUGAAGCUGUUUAGCUGUUUUGAAUAAAUAUGGUACUAUAUUCUUCUCUUUUGAAGAUUCAGUUUAUGGAUACUUUAUCUAUACAGAAAUUAGUACUAUUUUUAAUUGUCAAUGUAUUUUUAUGACAACAUAUGUGGGUGUUAGGCCUGUGAACAAUCAUUAACUACAUUAUCCUUCUUUGUAACCCGUUGCCUCCUGAAGCAAAUAUUCUUCCCCUUGAUGGGGUUGGGUGGCUUAUAUGACUUGGCCAUGCUUACAAAGGAGAUGCAUUGAUGGUGUCUGAAUUCAGCUAGUAUAACAACUCAAGUUCUCCUGCUUUUAGACAACCCACUGUUAAUGUCGCCUUCUUAGUUUCAGCUACACAGGAUUCACAUUCUUUAAAGACUGACAAGAUGGAAUGCAGGAGAUUGUGUAGAGAGAAGGGGAGAAUAACGAGGUGAAGUGGUAUACAAAUUUAAUGCACUCAUACUAACUGAUGGUUUGACCCGUGAUCUUUGCAUGUGAUAUUUUAUGGGUCUUUCACUAGUGUUGCUGGUAUGAUCUACUGAACUGAAAUUGGUGAGAAUUUGAACUUGGUCACACAAAUGUUAGUUCAUGACAAUACUUUAAAAAUGCUUUCGGAGUGGAAUGCCCUCUUUACAUCUUGAAUCACGUAAGAGGACUCCAACAUGCCAUGAUUGUGGCUCUUCUUUGACUAGAAUUUUUUGUUUCUUCAAGGGUUCCUUGUCAGUUGGGGACAUUACUUUGCGAUUUUUUCUAUCAAACAGUCUUGGGAGAUCUGCAGCCACCCAUAUCUAAACUUUCAUAGAAAAGUAGCAUUUAUUAGGCAUAUUAUAGCUUCUGGAAACAUAAAACCGAGUUGUUUCUUAGUUGCCUCCAGCCUAGCUCUGGCAAAGAGCAACCCCUAAACGCUGCUGUAAUUUUCAUUGAAGUUGAAUCUAGAUUGUGUUAGUGGUUUAUAAAGACUUUUAGAGAUCGUUAAAGUCGUAAUGUCAUUAAUUGGUAACAUGUGAUUGCGAAGACUAACAUGCAACUUGCCAUUGGAUUGAUGAACUCAAAGUCAAAAAGAUGUGAUGCAUGUUAGGACAAGGAUUAUCAAGCUAACAAAGUAUUACUUCAUAUCACAAGUAUGUUGAUCAGAUUAUAGAAAGCACGUAUUCAAAAAGAUUUAGACGUUUAACUUAAGUAGAUAUACUAGCUAAGGGGAUUAAGGAUAGAUUAAAAAUUUUUAAAAAUUAUUAAUGGCAAAAAAAAAA